CUUAAAUGCCACAACAGGAGGCUCAAAUUACCCCUUUUAGGAUUUAGAACAAUGUACUACCUGGGUAGGCUACAUAGGCGCUCGUACGAGAUGAUAGAGGUAAUCAUUUGGAACCAAAGAACAUACGGUAAGUUGUCUAUAGGGUCGGCUAUGCCAAUUCUGCGGGGUCAUGAGUGAGAUAUUUUCAUCUGAGAGUAUAAUGAAAAUGAAUUUGGUACCUAUAAACAUUAUAGAGGCCGUCGUCUGGCUUCUGAUCACUUAGCUCUUGUCAUGCUCUACUCUCCCUAACACGCCUUCAUUUUCCUCUACCUUAAACUUAAGUAGCCCAACUUAUACCUGGAAAUAAAAUGGGAAGCUAUAUUCCAGAGAACGAUGACCCUGUUGUGGUUGUCGGACUCUCUUACCGCUUCCCUCAGGGUGCCACCUCUGAUGAUGCCUUCUGGAAGAUCAUCCAGGAGGGCAUCUCGACUAUGACUGAAGUGCCUAAAAGUCGGUACGAUAUCAAUGGCCAUCAUCGCUCUGGUUUAUCCCGCCAAGAUACGGUCUCUGGCCGUGGCGGCCAUUAUAUUGAUGGCGACAUCUCUGCAUUUGAUGCCCCCUUUUUCACGAUGAGUGGUACAGAAGCCAAGGCGAUGGACCCUCAACUCCGCCUCUUACUAGAAACUACUUACCAUGCUCUUGAAUCUGCUGGUAUGAGCUUAGAGGCCGUGAGGGGAAGUUCCACGUCGGUCUUUGUUGGGAAUCUGGUUUCUGAGUACUCGUCUCUCUACGGCUAUGACGAUGAGAUCAAUGCACAAUACCAAGCGACGGGGACUUCUUCAUCUAUGUUAUCAAAUAGGUUAAGUUGGUUCUAUGAUUUGCGUGGUCCAAGCCUUACUCUUGACACUGCCUGCUCAAGUACUCUUACCGGUAUCCAUUUGGCCUGUCAAAGCUUGCUACAGGAUGAGUCGGAAAUGGGACUCGUGUGUGGUGCCCAAUUGCAAUUGGAACCAAGGUCUAUGUCCAUUCCGCUGUCGAGACUCAAGUUUCUCUCCCCUGAUAGCCAUUGCUAUAGCUUUGACGAACGAGCAAAUGGUUAUAGUAGAGGCGAGGGGGUAGGCGUUCUAGUGCUUAAACGUCUUUCCAAAGCUAUCCAGGACGGCGAUACUAUUCGUGCCGUAAUCCGUGGUACAUCUGCUAACCAAGAUGGCCGCACCCCUUCCAUCACACAGCCUAGUUCUGUGGCCCAGGCUGCUCUGAUAAGAAAGGCAUAUGAAAAAGUAGGCUUCGACUUUGCUUCUACGGGCUACAUUGAGGCCCAUGGAACCGGCACGGCCGUAGGUGACUUGACUGAAACCCAAGGAAUCAGUGAAGUAUUCUCGCCCUACUACAGCGCAGAAAAUCCUCUUUACCUCGGGUCUAUCAAAGCCAAUAUUGGACAUCUUGAGGCAGCAGCAGGAGUUGCAGGGGUAAUAAAGGCUAUCUUGAUGCUUGAGAAAGGAAUCAUCCCUCCCAACGCCAUGUUGGAACACUUGAAUCCGGCUAUACGCGAUUUGGAAUGGAAUUUUAAUUUCCCAAAGUCAGCCAUCCCUUGGCCAAAACCUGGACUCAGGCGAGUUUCAGUAAACAGCUUCGGCUUUGGCGGGACGAACGCCCAUGUCGUAGUUGAUGAUGCCUUCCAUUUCUUGCAAGCUAGAGGGCUACGUGGUCUACACAAUACUACUGUAGCCAGUAGUAAUAACAUAUUUGGACAUAAGCUUACGAAUGGAGAAGCUGUAAGACAGGAUUUACGCGCCACGGAUAAAAAUCUCCUUUUUGUUCUCUCAGCCUCAGAUGAGAAGGGAAUCCAACGAGUCUCCACAUCACUCGAGACUCAUUUGAGAGGACUCAAGGAAGAACUUCAACCCCAUUACCUACAGGAUCUUGCUUUUACACUGGCUACUAAGCGAAGCUUCCUUCCUUGGAAGUCCUUCGUUCUAGGUGAUUCCAUACCAAAUCUAAUAGAAAAUCUUUCUAGUGCGGUUCAGAAGCCGGUACGCGUUGUUGAGAUACCCAAGUUACAGUUUGUUUUCACAGGACAGGGAGCUCAGUGGGCAUCGAUGGGCAUACAACUUCUCCAAUAUUCUAUAUUCGAAGAAAGUCUUCAGCAAGCCGACAAUCACCUUCGAUCUCUCGGGUCUACUUGGUCUCUUUUAGAUGAAUUAUGUGCGCCCCUAUCUUCCUCCAAUAUCAACGACCCGAAGCUUGCGCAGCCUGUAUGCACUGCGCUACAAGUCGCAAUAGUAGACUUGUUGAGGUCUUGGAAUGUCUUACCGCAAGCUGUUGUAGGUCACUCUUCGGGAGAGAUUGCAGCUGCAUACUGUGCAGGGGCAAUCACAAGGGAAGACGCUUGGAGGAUCGCAUAUUUCCGAGGUGAGGUGGCAGCAUCACUUAUAACAAACCCUCAGUCUGCGAGAGGGGCUAUGCUGGCGGUAGUUUUAUCGCAGUCCGAAUUAACCCCCUAUAUCGCUGAUAUUCUCAACGAAGGCGGUAAGGAUGCUGUCACAUGCGCAUGCAUUAACAGUCCUAGGAAUACCACGGUGUCGGGCGAGGAAAUAUACAUCGACAAACUUGCGCAUCGCCUCCAGUCUGAAGGCGUCUUCGCGCGAAAGCUCGAAGUAACAGUAGCAUACCACUCAAAGCAGAUGAACCAUGUCGCCGAGACUUAUAGGAGUACACUCACAGGUUCUUUGUCAUCUACACCAGAGACCAUCAACUCAUCCCCUCCCCUUUUCUACUCCUCUGUCACUGGGACACUGUUAGGAAAAGAAAAUGUUCUCCUCGGAGCGGAUUAUUGGGUAUCCAACUUAGUGUCCCAGGUAAAGUUCUCUGAGGCUGUUGAACUCAUGGCACUGUCGUCCACUGAAGAUGACGCACAAGGAGACCGCGCUGAGUCGCCGCUUUAUCUGAUUGAAAUCGGGCCCCAUUUCACUCUGAAGCGUGCUAUCCAGGAGACUAUUGGCCAGAGGACAACCUACAAAUAUGACUCUGUCCUCCAUCGAAAUAUUUCUGGCCUGAAGACUGCGAAGGAGGUCGCCGGGAAACUCGUCAUGAAUGGAUAUCCUGUUAACAUACAAGCAGUGAAUAGCCACUCCGAUCAUUUAUACAAGCUCAAAAUGGUUCUCGACCUCCCUUCAUACCCAUUCAAUCAUUCUAACUCCUAUUGGCUUGAAAGCAGGCUAUACAGAAAUCUUCGCCUACGUAAACAGCCCCGCCAUGAUCUCCUUGGAAAUCCUUCAACAGACUGGAAUCCGCUAGAGCCUAAGUGGCGAUUCACGAUACGAGCGUCCGACCUCCCGUGGCUCUUGGACCAUAAGAUUCAAGACACGGUUCUAUACCCAGCGGCCGGAAUGUUAGUGAUGGUUCUUGAAGGCAUCCGAAGUCUGACUGAAAACACGCCUGGGGUUUCUGGCUAUCGUCUAAGGGACGUGAGCAUAAUGAGCGCUCUCGUUAUACCUCAAACUGACGAAGGGAUUGAGGCACAACUUCACAUGCACUCACAUGACCAUCUUCCCUCUAGUAAAGGCCCAGCAUCUUGGGACUUUUGGAUAUAUUCUGUUCUGGGGGACGAGUGGAAACUGCACUGCGCAGGCCAAGUCUCCGCUGAGACGUCUGCAGCCUCCAUGCUCCCCUCGGAAACACCCAAUAAGCUUACGACACCUCAAGAAGGUCUAUUCAAUGCAUUCGAUGCACCAUCCACGUUAAGCAUCGACUCUAGACAAUUCUAUGAGUUCCUCUACAAGCAAGGGGCGCAUUUCGGCGAGAAGUUUCAAUUGCUGAAGAACAUCUCUGUGAAAGAGAAAAAUAGGGAGGCGACAGCACGCGUCAAAUUUGAAGAAUGGACCAGAAUGGUAGAACAAAACCAGCUGAGCAAGCAUAUUAUUCACCCUUCGACACUCGACAGUCUACUGCAUGUAAUCUUUGCCGCUGCCCACGAAGAAUGGGAAGCCCUGCCUCCCAUGGUGCCUACGCAGUUUUCAGACGUAUACGUAUCUCGCUCCCUUCUGGAAGAGGACACGGAGAACACAAUUCUCCUUCACGGAAAAAUGACCGAUCGCGGGCUUUCCUAUAUGGAUGGUGACGUUACGGCAGUAAACAGCAUUACGAAAGUUCCGGUCAUCGUACUCCAGGGCUGUAGGCAUUCCAGCUUCCACGCCGCCAAACGUCAAGGGGGCGACGGGGCCGAACCAAAGACUCUCUUCCAUCAAUUGGAGUGGAAACCAGAUAUCAGCUUGCUUUCGACGGACGCAAUAGAAAAAUACUGCCAAGAGCACACGCGCGAUGUAGACGGCGCAGGCUUGGAUUUCGAGACAGAGACCGUCUGCCGCUAUUUCAUAUCUGCGGCGCUGGAAUCUAUCUCCCAGUCGCCAAACAUCACGAAAAAGCCACAUCUACAGCAGUACAUAAAAUGGGCCAAACUAAUGGGAAAUGAGAAGCUAUCGACUGCGGACUUUACGAAGUGGCCGGAGUUUGGCAACGAGGAGCUCCGACCUCGUUUGAUAGAAGAGUUCGCCGCUAGCUCGGCCGCUAAAGCCGGCAUCGUGUCUUUCGGAAAGACCUUGCCGCAUAUCCUGACGGAUGAAGUCGAUCCGCUAGACUACCUGUUCAAUAGCGGUGUCAUAACUGAGUUCUACAAGAGCUUGUUGUUCAAAUUUACAGCACACAGACUAGCUGCAUAUAUGGAUCUCGUCGCGCACAAGAAUUCCGACCUCAAGAUCAUCGAGCUUGGAGCAGGUACCGGCAGCACAACAGGUAUCCUCUUGGAUACCUUAUCGCGGCAAGGAGGCCAUCUAGGCACCUUACACAGAUUUACGCAAUACGACUUCACGGAUAUUUCGCCAAGCUUCUUGGCCAAGGCUCAGGAGAAGUUCUCCAGGUACGCGGAUUACAUGAAGUUCAAAACGCUGGACAUUGAGCACGACCCUGUAGAGCAGGGCUUCGAGGCUGGCUCCUAUGAUAUUGUGUUGGCCGCUUCGGUGGUCCACGCCACGACGAGUAUCGACAACACCCUGGCACAAGUGAAGAAGUUGCUCAAACCUGGCGGGCAACUCGUUUUCUCGGAACCUACGAAUCUUGAAAUGAUAGCCAUUCCUUAUUUCUCCGCUGUUUUCCCCGGGUGGUGGUUAUCUGAGGAGGACUAUAGACCCUUUGGACCGCUUCUUACUAAGAGGACUUGGGGCGAUGCUCUCCAACGCGCCGGAUUUGACAUGCGCCUGUCCCUGGGGGAUAAUAUCGAAGAGGAGAAUCACGGCUUAAGUCUCCUGGUAGCUCAGCUGCCGCCCCAGGAAGCUCGCCAUGGCAAUCAAUCAAUCGUCAUCGUGGCAGAAACACCUGAGCAGACUGAUUUAGCCAAUACGAUCAAAGCUCAUGUCUCCUCGCGAUCGUCAAGUCCAUGCGAUAUAACCUCCAUGAACUCGCUGACCUUAAUUACCUCGGUAUACGAUGUCUGCAUAUGCCUGGUAGAACUGGGUACCCCUAUAUUUGACCGGAUGGAUGAAAUUCAAUUUGCGGCACUUCAACAAUUGCCGAACGUUUCUCGGAAGAUACUUUGGGUGAACGAUUCAUGCGGCGCGAAUCCAACCAAGCCAGAAGCUUCUAUGAUCUCUGGGUUCGGGAAGACCAUCACACGAGAAAUACCCAACCUUACCUUGAUGCAUCUCAACGUCGAGCAGGGAGACUAUUCCACUAAGAACAUCUUACGCAUUAUCGAACAGAUUUACACAACGUCCACAGAAGCAUUGGAAACAGACAUAUUGGAACAAGAUUCCGCCAUCUAUAUCCCCAGGGCCAUAGAAUCGCCACACCUGAACCAGCUUCUCCAUUCAGAGCUUCACGGAUCGCAACCUGAAGAGGUAACGGUUUCUGGGAAACACGACGACACCGAACAUGCGCUAGAACUUCGCUUCGUUCCGGGAUUACUCGAUUCUUUCCACUUUGGUCCGGACGCAUCAGCAUCACGAGCCCUCAAAAAAGGCGAGGUCGAAGUAUCCGUGGAAGCAACCGGUAUCAACUUCAAAGAUGUCAUGGUAGCCUUGAACCAGGUUGCAGAUGACCAUAUCGGCCAGGAGUUUGCUGGUAUUAUCACCAAGGUGGGGUCAGGCUCCGAUGGACGCUUCCGCGAAGGAGACAGAGUGUGUGGGAUCGUAGAUGGCAGUUUCCGCACGCGUGUCCAUGCAAAACAGUCCCAUCUUAUGAAAGUUCCCAAUACGAUGCCUUCUACCGAGGCGUGUGCCAUACCAGUUGCGUUCGCUACCGCGCAAUAUGGGUUAUGUCACUUAGCCCAGUUGAAGAAGGGCGAAAGUAUACUGAUCCAUGCUGCAGCCGGAGCUGUUGGCCAAGCUGCUAUUCAGAUAGCUCAAAGAGCUGGUGCGGUAAUAUACAUCACGGUCAGCACCCCCGCAAAGAAACAGCUGCUGGUCGACCAGUACGGCCUUGAUCCUGCGCACUUUUUCUCAAGCCGAUCUACCCUAUUCGCGCAGCAAAUCAUGCAGAUAACAUCAGGAAGGGGGGUCGACGUCGUUCUCAACUCCCUCUCUGGCCAGGCCUUAAUCGAGACAUGGAGAUGCCUCGCACCUUUGGGGAGAUUCAUUGAAAUGGGGAAGCGUGAUAUCGAGACGUUCAAGAGUCUUCCUAUGGAGCCCUUCAAGCGAAAUGUCUCAUUCUGCUCCCUCGAUCUUGCGGUUCUAAGCAAAGCGGACAACGGCCUUAUAAAGCAGGUCAUGCAGGAAGUCGAAGAGCUUCUCUUGAACCCGUCUUCCCAGCAAUACAAAGCCCCGUACCCAUUGACCACAUUCAAGCGUUCGGGGUACGAGGAAGCGUUCAGGUUUCUGCAGACUGGACAGCACGUUGGCAAGGCGGUAGUUGACUGGCAACAGGAGGAUACAUUACAGGUUGUUCCAAGAAGCCCAUUGGACUACGAAUUCGACAGCAAUGCUACCUAUGUCAUCGCAGGUGGUUUGGGAGGUAUCGGGAGGAACGUUGCAGCAUGGAUGGCCCAACACGGAGCAAAAUAUCUAGUUUUGCUCUCGCGGUCAGGUGUUAAAUCACCCGCAGCUAAGGACCUAAUAUCGAAAUUACGGAACAGCGGCGUCGCUUUUUACGCGCCCCGUUGCGAUAUUUCAGACCCUGUCGCAGUGCAAUCGAUGGUCGACUAUGCGCAGGCAAACAUGCCUCCCAUCAGGGGUUGUAUCCAAGGAUCCAUGGUUGUCGAGAAUAGGGUGUUCCGAGAGUACACGUUAUCGGAUUUCCAGGCCUCUAUCGACCCUAAAAUCAAAGGAACCUGGAAUCUCCACCAUCUCCUCCCUUCCGGGCUGGACUUCUUCGUGAUGCUCUCGUCCCUCGCCGGCGUCCACGGCGCGACUUCUCAGAGCAGCUACGCGGCCGCAAGCUCGUUCCUAGACGCGUUCGCGCGGUUCCGGCACUCGCAAGGACAGCACUGCGUAUCGCUCGACCUGGGAAUUGUUCAGAAUAUCGGGUAUAUCGCCGAGCGCAUCGACAUAGCGAAGGCGCUGGCGAUGACGUACACGGACCACAAGUCCCUAAGCGAGAAGGAGCUUCACUUCAUGCUCAAGUACGCGUGCAACCCGCACUUGGAAAUAGCCAACCCCUGGGAUACCCAAGUGAUCGGCGCGAUGUCUACGCCGGCGUUCGUGCGACGCAGCGGCAUCAUCGAAGAGCACGGGUGGAUGCGCAUGCCGAUGUUCCAGCACCUGUACCGGGUGGAGCAAGACGUGAAAACCACCACGGCCACGCUCCAAGCCAGCCCGGCCAGCACGCGGCUGCAAUCCGCCAAGUCGCGCAAGGAGGCAGCGGCCAUAAUCGCGGAGCUGCUCUCGAAGCGUCUGGCGCGGUCGCUGGCGGUGCCGGUGGAGGAUAUCGACAUCAACAGGCCGCCGCACGCGUUCGGCGUCGAUUCGCUGGUCGCGGUCGAGCUCUUGCACUGGUUCGUGACGGAGCUGCGCUCGGAUAUCCCCGUCGUGCAGAUCCUGGGGAACCUGACGAUCGCGCAGCUGGGGCUGUUGGCGGCUGAGAAGAGUGAGCAUGUCGUCGUCGUCCAUCAGGAGUAACGAUUGUAUUUCCUUGGGCCGUUAUCAUGUCGCGAAUUUGGGAAUAGGUAUAUAGUCUGCUUAAGGUACUGUACCUCCUACCUAUUAUAAAUUGCUUUAAUAGCACUCCGUAUAAAUUAGGUCUGUGCAGUAAAUUAAAACUUUAUAAGAUGGGGAUAUUAAGUUGUAAAAAGGUCUACGAAGAAGAAAGAAAAAAACUUUGAACCGACC